UUCCGGCGUCCGGGACUGUCACUUGGCUGCCGGCGUCAGGCCACGCCGGUGACGGCCGGAGAGCGCCGGCUCUGGGCCGGUUUUGCGGGAGGGCCUGGAGACCCGAGGUGCGGGCAGCGAGUCCGUGCGAGCGGAGACCCGAGGCGCGGGCAGCGGAGCCCGCGGGCCCCCGGCCCGCCGCCGGCCUCAGUUUCCCGGGGUGCGGCGUGGGCAGCCCCCGAGCCACGUGCUCUCCGGCCUCCACGCAGCCCAGACGCGGCGCCCUUGACAGACCGGGAGAGUGAGGCCCGGCAUCUGGGCGCCUGCACUUUUCUGCAGGUUCCGAUGGCGGCGGCGGCGGCGCAGACAGACCCGGCGCAGGGCCUGAUGGCCUUUGACGACGUGGCCGUGUACUUCUCUCAGGAGGAGUGGGGGCUCCUGGAUGCAGCGCAGAGGGCUCUGUACCGCCGUGUGAUGCUGGAGAACUUCGCCCUCCUGGCCUCGCUGGGACUCUCUGUCUCCCGACCCCAUGUGGUCAUCCAGCUCGAGCGUGGCGAGGAGCCCUGGGUUCUCAAUGGGACAGAUGUGACUCUGGCCAGGAAUGCCCAGGGGAGGCCCAGCCCUGGUUCCCCUCAUCUGCCAGAGGACAGAGAUGUUUCUGGAGAAGCAGCACUGCCAGGGGCCUGCGGGGAUGGCCCCCCUCUGGCACCUCCUAGGGUCCUCCCCGGCGGUGGUGCCUGCGAGCGUCGGAAAAGGCUGGAAGGUCGGCUCGGCGUCUCCCCUUCUCGGGAGAGGAAACCCACCGGGGUCUCUGUGAUCUACUGGGAAAGGCUGCGGCUUGGCCCGGGCAGUGGCGAGGCCAGCGUCAGCCUGCGGCUGACCUCUUCUCUGCGGGCCCCACCCAGGGAGAAGGCCCUCGCAGACCAUCCAGCGCCAGGCAAGCAGCCGAGGGCGCCGGAGCAGCAGAAGCCGUAUGCACGCGAGGCCCCCGGGAGAGCCUUUCCGAGCGCCCCAGAGGCUCAGUGGGGACGAGGAAUGGGUGCGGCUUGGCCCGAGCCUCAGAGACUGCCCGCCAGCCCGGAGCCCCCAACGUGGGCCGAACUGGGCGAGGCCCUACACGCUGGCCCCGGCCUCCUCUCUGGGGAGAAGCCCUUCGAGUGCAGGGCUUGCAGCAAAGUGUUUGUGAAAAGCUCGGACCUGCUGAAGCACCUGCGCACCCACACCGGGGAGCGGCCGUACGAGUGUGCGCAGUGCGGCAAGGCCUUUAGCCAGACAUCGCACCUGACGCAGCACCAGCGCAUCCACAGCGGGGAGACGCCUUACACCUGCCCGGCCUGCGGCCAGGCCUUCCGGCACAGCUCCUCCCUCGUGCGGCAUCAGCGCAUCCACACGGCAGAGAAGGCCUUCCGCUGCGCCGAGUGCGGCAAGGCCUUCAGCCACCGCUCCAACCUCAGCCAGCACCGCAAGAUCCACGCGGGGGGCCGGCCGUACGCGUGUGCGCGCUGCGGCCGUAGCUUCUGCCGCAACUCGCACCUGAUCCAGCACGAGCGCACGCACACGGGCGAGAAGCCCUUCGCCUGCGCGCUCUGCGGGGCCGCCUUCAGCCAGGGCUCGUCGCUCUUCAAGCACCGGCGCGUGCACACGGGCGAGAAGCCCUUCGCCUGCGCGCAGUGCGGCCGCGCCUUCAGCCACAGCUCCAACCUCAGGCAGCACCGGCUGCUGCACACGGGCGAGCGGCCGUUCCGCUGCACGGACUGCGGCAAGGCCUUCGCCAAGGGCGCCGUGCUGCUCAGCCACCGUCGCAUCCACACGGGCGAGAAGCCCUUUGUGUGCGCGCAGUGCGGCCGCGCCUUCCGCGAGCGGCCGGCCCUCUUCCACCACCAGAGGCUGCACACCGGCGAGAAGCCAGCGCGGCGGGCCCGGGCCGGCCCGCCACCGCUGGCCAGGCCUCCGUCGGGGGCAUCGUGCGAAGGCGCGCUGGGGAUGGACACCGGGCCCACGGCCGCCUCGGGCCCAGCCACGGUUCCGAAGAUGGCUGAGGCUUGAGGUCGCAGCCAGGACCUUCCCCGGCGUGUGCUGAGUCCCUCCCGUGGAUACGGGGCCCCUGCCCUCUGCAGAGCCAGGCUUUGGAGAAGCUCUGCGCGUGAACUGCGCUUCCACCUGCACGUGGUGGCAAGAUUCGCCUCUUGUCCGCCACAGCUCACUCUUCCAUCCGCAAGAGGGCACGCCGCAGAAGGGUCAGGGGGAGGCCAGCAUGGUGCCGCCGGUGUGCGUGUGUUUAGACUGUGGGCGCGAACAAGAAGGGCUGGGGUGGGGGGGAGGCGGUCCUGAGAAGUUUCCAAGGUUUCCACCCAAGACGUAGGGUUUGCAUGGAACCCCUCCACCGCCACCGCCACCCCCAGGAUAUUCCCCCAGGCCUCCGUUCAUCCAGGGCUUCCUGGGAGCAGGCCCAGUAGAUAGAAAGUCACGUGAGGGGCGGGUGCUGGCUUUGGACAAGUGGCGGGACUCUAAGCCUCAGCUCCCUCCUCUGGGGAAGAGCAAAGACUCAGGCCUGCAGAGGGUGUUGGCAGCACCCUGACAGGCUGCAUCCUGGUAAGGGCCAGCAAGUGCCAACUGCCAGCCCCCGUUCUGAGUGCUGCCGUUUCUCCUGACAGCUCUGUGGGUGGCUGCCGGGGCUGGUGUCCCCACGUCUCAGAUGAGGAAACUGAGGCACAGAGAGGGGCCGUGAGUGGCACACAGCAGAGUCACUGGCACGGCACCAGGGAGUUCCCCGCUUUUCCCCCACACGUAGCCUGCCAGCUCUGAAGGCCAGGUGAAGCCUGCCUGGCUCCCUGCUCAGGCAGACCUUCAGGAAGUGGAGGAGGUGGAGGUGGGAGGUCCCCGGGGGAAGCACAGAGAUCGCGAGUGAUGGUUCCCCAGCUGUGCUGGUUCAUUCAGAUUCUGCUGGUCCAAGCCUCAGCUUCGGUUGUGUCCUGUUGUUACCAAAGUCAGCGUUACAGGAGCCUUUCUGUCCCCAUUGCCUUGACGAGAGGUGACCAUAACAACUGGUUCAGAGGAGACAAGAUGGAGCUGCUUGGCUCUGGGGUCCAGUGGCCAUGUGCCUGCCAUUAUCUGAGGCUGUGUGUGGUGCUCUCCCAAGAUCCCCUCCUCAGUGUGACAUUACCCACACGGUGGGGACCUGGUUGACUUCUUGUGGCCUUCAGCAGACCAGCACCAUCUCCACCUUGGGCUUUACCCCCCAGGGAAUUUAUUGGUGUUUUUACUGGGGGAGAAAAACGACUAGUAGAAGUUACAGCUUGAAAUGGAUGUACAUUGUAAAUUCUUGCACGGCACUGUGUAGGUCCACAGCCUCAGCCUCCAGGUCAUGGUUCAGAAAGUUUUAACAAGACAGAGUCCAGAGAUGUUCUCUAAUAAAGGUUUCUUUUUAAAAACA